AUUAAAAUCGCAAACUUCUGAGACCAACAUUGGUGAAUGCAAACAAUUUUUUGCGCCUUGAAAAGACCAAACUUUAGAGACAAGCGAAAGGGAACCACUCCUUGACACGACUACGCGAAACAGAGUGUACGACACUACCGACAAUCCAUCCACGAAAAUUAUGAAGCGAGAGAAAGACAAUCCAAAGGCAAAGACCACCUCUUUCAAUCAAGGAAAAUUGAAUAUUGGAGAAGAGACAUGCGACUUGUACGCAUACAAGGAAACUAUCGGAAGACAGAUUCUAUUCUGGCUUCUCACCAUUGUCACACUUGGAUUCUAUCAGCUUCUGGCUUACUGGGUAAAAAGCCUCUUUGUCAAAGUUAGAUUCCAGCCGACAAGCCAUGACGAGUGUGAAUACGUCAUGGUCGAAGAUAUCCAUGGAACUCAGACAAUCAAGGAAGUAUUCAAAGCGGAAAGCGAUGUUGGAUUGGCUAGACCGACGCGGAGCGGGAAGCAGGAAAAAGUCAAGGUCAUGCGUUUUUUCACGUAUAGAAAAAUCAAAUACAUUUGGUACGAAAAAGAUCAAGAAUGGUUGAAUCCGGCCGACAUGGACAGCGCUGCACCUUUCAAUAUAUACCAAAAAUUGACCCUGGACGUGAUUGGAUUGAAAGAGCAAGAUGUGAUCGCCUCCCGGAAGAUAUAUAAUAUGAAUGCAUUAGCUUUGGCACUGACCCCAAUUCUCGUGAUUUUAUUCAAAGAAGUUCUCGGACCAUUUUACCUGUUCCAAUGUUUUUCUGUUGCGCUUUGGUACUCCGACAACUACGCAUACUAUGCAUCUGUGAUUGUUAUAAUUACCGUGGGCAGUGCUGCUGUUGCUGUGUAUCAGAUGAGAGCACAGGAAAAAAGAAUUCGAAAUAUGGUUGGUGAUACAAUCAGUGUCAUUGUCAGAAGAGAUGGACAUGAUAUCACAAUCGAUGCUUCUGAGAUCGUCCCAAUGGAUAUUUUGAUUCUCCCAUCAAACACUUUCAUUUUGCCAUGCGAUUGCCUUUUGAUGAAUGGAACAGUCAUUGUGAAUGAGGCGAUGCUCACGGGAGAAAGUGUGCCAGUGACAAAAGCAUCGCUGAAAGAAGCUGACGAGUGUGGACCAGAAAUUCGUCUUUCCAGUGAGCACAAUCGACACACACUUUUCUCAGGAACCACUGUAUUGCAGACAAGAAACUACAAAGGCCAGCCUGUCAUGGCAAGAGUAAUCCGCACUGGCUUCUCGACUUUGAAAGGACAGCUUGUUCGGUCGAUCAUGUAUCCCAAACCGCAAGAAAAAGAAGCGUUGAAAGAUGUAAUGGUGUUCAUCCUCGUACUUGGUUUCAUCGCACUUAUUGGAUUCAUUUACACGGUUAUCGAAAUGGUUUCUCGCGGAGAGUCUCUAAAGCACAUCAUCAUCCGAUCCCUCGACAUCAUAACAAUUGUUGUGCCGCCAGCGUUACCUGCAGCUAUGUCUGUUGGAAUCAUCAAUGCCAAUUCUAGACUCAAGAAAAAGAAAAUCUUUUGCACCUCGCCAACAACUGUUAAUGUUUGUGGUCUGAUCAAUGUGGCUUGCUUCGAUAAAACAGGAACACUUACUGAGGAUGGAUUGGACUUCAAUUGUUUGAAAGCCAUUCGAAAAAACGAAGAUGGAAAGCCAGAGUUUACAAGUGAAUUUGAAGAGUUAGACCCUGUUAAGCUAUCUGCAGAAAAUGCAAAUCUGAACAUUGUGGUCGCUGCUGCAAGUUGUCAUUCACUUACCCGAAUUGAUGGAACACUUCACGGUGACCCACUGGAGCUCAUUCUUGUCGAAAAAAGUAAAUGGAUCAUUGAGGAAGCUGUGAAUUCCGAUGAAGAAACUCAAGAUUUUGAUACUGUCCAGCCAACUGUUCUCCGUCCACCACCUGAACAAGCAACCUAUCAUCCUGAGAACAAUGAAUACUCGGUAAUUAAACAACAUCCAUUCAAUUCCGCUCUUCAAAGAAUGUCUGUCAUCAUAUCAACACCGUCUGAGCACAGUGCACAUGACAUGAUGGUUUUCACAAAAGGAUCCCCCGAAAUGAUUGCUUCACUCUGCAUUCCAGACACCAUUCCAGAAGACUAUAUGGAAGUGGUCGACGAGUAUGCUCAACGCGGAUUCCGUCUCAUUGCUGUCGCUUCUAAAGCUGUGCAUCUUAAUUUUGCAAAAGCACUAAAGACGCCGAGAGAUAUUAUGGAAUCAGAAUUGGAAUUCUUGGGAUUGAUCGUCAUGGAGAACCGAUUGAAAGAUGUCACGUUGAGUGUCAUCAAUGAACUUUCUGUUGCCAACAUUCGAUGCGUAAUGGUCACUGGAGAUAACUUGCUGACGGCAAUGAGUGUUGCUAGAGAGUGUGGAAUCAUCCGGCCUACAAAGAAAGCUUUUUUGAUUACCCACUCUAAAACAGAAAAGGACCCCCUUGGACGUACCAAGCUUUUCAUCAAAGAAAGUGUAUCUAGCUCCGAAAACGACAUUGAUACUGAUUCCGAAGUGAGAGCAUUCGACAGAAAAGCGGUUCUCCGGACGGCAACCUACCAAAUGGCCAUCGCUGGACCAACUUAUAGCGUUAUUACUCAUGAGUAUCCAGAGCUUGUUGAUCGAAUUACGGCAAUGUGUGACGUGUAUGCACGAAUGGCACCGGACCAAAAAGCUCAAUUGAUUGGAGCAUUGCAAGAGAUUGGCGCCAAGGUUUCAAUGUGUGGUGACGGUGCGAACGAUUGUGCAGCUCUUAAAGCCGCUCACGCAGGAAUCUCCCUUUCCCAAGCUGAAGCUUCAAUUGCCGCCCCAUUCACUUCCAACGUCCCAGAUAUUCGUUGUGUGCCGACCGUCAUCAAAGAAGGCAGAUGUGCAUUAGUCACAUCCUAUGCAGUUUCGAAAUACAUGGCAGCUUAUUCUCUGAACGAGUUUUUGUCUGUCAUGCUAUUAUAUAAUGAUGGAACAAAUAUUUCGGACGGCCAGUUCUUGUACAUCGAUCUUGUUUUAAUCACUCUUGUUGCAUUGUUUUUGGGAAACACAGAAGCAUCGAGAAAGCUUAGUGGAAUUCCGCCACCUCGCAGACUGGCCACCAGUGCUUUUUAUUUCAGUGUUUUCGGACAAAUGUUUUUCAAUAUUAUUACUCAGACGACCGGAUAUCUUCUCGUACGUGGCCAAUCCUGGUACGUUCCGAAUCCGGAAGAAUUGGACAACACAACUACCAUGAUUGGAACUACUGUCUUCUUCACCAGUUGCUGUAUGUAUCUUGGUUAUGCUUUUGUCUACUCUAAAGGUCAUCCUUAUCGUCGUUCUGUGUUCACUAACUGGCUUCUUUGUGGAAUCAUUUUUGUUAUUGGCGCCAUCAACAUGGUGAUGAUCUUCACAAACAUGGGAUUCCUUAUGAACUUGAUGGGAUUCGUUUACGUUCCAAGUACAUCGAUGCGCUUUAUUCUCCUCGCAAUUUCACUGGCUGGAGUUUUCCUGUCUUUGCUCUACGAACAUUUCUUCGUCGAAAAAGUGGUUGCUAUUCAUUUUGAAAGCUAUCUGCGCCAGCGACGUCUUCGGAACGGAGAUCCAUCGCUCUCUGCCUAUGAAAAAAUACUCGCUGCAAUUGGAAGCAGUCCGAGAUGGUUUGAAGAUGAGAUCAAUUUGUCGAAAUCGAUUGACAGAAAAGAGACUAUAGAGAGCAAAUGUUAAUCCCUUGUUAUUUGAUUUUUAAGAUUUGCCCUUAUGUCAGUGUCUUCUGCAUGAGUACAUGCAUAUUUGCAUAUUAUUAGAAUGUUAUGUAUAAAAAGAAAAAGAGAGCCACCUCUUAACGAUAAUCCAAUUUCUUGUUACGCAGAAACGCCUCGUUUUCCUGUGGACUUUCGAUAUCUUCAACAUGCUGCUAUUAUCACUCCCAUGACCCGUUUCCUAUCUGUUUUUAUUUCGAUUACUACACAUCUGCUAGAAACACACGUCACGUGUGAUUUGUACUCACCGUUUUCUCCUUUCAUACUUUUUAGCCUACAAACCACGAAUUGCUUUGUGACUUGACUCAAUUUUCUCCCGAAACUUUUUUUCGUCCUCAAUUCCCACUACCCAUUUUCUUGCUUCUCCCUGUUGCAAUAUUUUCAAUUUCCCAUCCAAAAACGGCCCGAGCACGGGUUUUCUUUUCCUUUUUGUAGGUUCACUUCUUCUUUUUCUUCUUCGUUUCUAUUUUUUUACACAAUCAUUGUUCACCUUUGGGCACCCCAGUGAAACAUUUGUUUGAUAAAAAUUGUGU